GACUUCACCUAUACUCCCUGAAAUGUCCGCUGCAUUUUUCCGAUGUUCGAUUUGUGAUUCUUGUGUCGAGGUUGAAGUGGAUCGUGGCAAGAUUGACGAACCUCACAGAUGUCGUAGGCGUGAAUGUAACUCAACGAACACAAUGACUUUAAUACACAAUAGGUCUUCUUUUAAAGAUAGACAAGUUUGUCGAUUACAAGAAACCCCAGACAACAUUCCCGAUGGGCAAACACCUCACUCUGUUUCUGUCUGUUUAUACGAUGACCUAGUCGAUUCCGCACGACCUGUUGAAUUAACCGCCAUUUAUCGUUCUACGCCAAUUCGGGUUCAUCCACGCAAGCGUACUAUUAAAGCUUUGUUUAAGACAUAUCUUGACGUCGUUCAUAUUGCUAGAGAUCAGAGUCGCUUGAAUAGUUUAUCUGGCCACGAUGAUUAUUUGAGUUAUGAUUUAAACGCUGAAAACGAUGAUGUAAAUAUCGUAAAUCUGGAAGAUGAUAUGAAUACUUCAUCAAACAGACAUGAGAUUAGGCCAGAGUUUACAGAGGAAGAAAUUCAAUGUUUUGAAAAUUUGGCAAAGCGACCUGAUUUAUAUAAUUAUCUAGCACAAUCGCUAGCACCAAGUAUUUACGGAUUAGAUGAUAUUAAAAAGGGUAUACUUUUACAAUUAUUUGGAGGAACUCGUAAAAAAUUUACAAAAUCAGGCUCGCCUCAAUACAGAGGAGAUGUGAAUGUUUUACUGGUCGGUGAUCCUGGUACUGCAAAAUCUCAGAUGCUGCAGUAUGUCCAUAAAAUUGCUCCUCGUGGAGUUUAUACUUCUGGAAAAGGGUCCUCAGCGGUUGGUUUAACCGCGUAUGUCACAAGAGAUCCAGACACGAAACAAAUGGUGCUAGAAAGUGGUGCGUUGGUACUUAGCGAUGACGGUGUUUGUUGUAUUGAUGAAUUUGAUAAAAUGUCGGAUGGAACACGCGCUAUCCUUCAUGAAGUGAUGGAGCAACAAACUGUCUCUGUUGCUAAAGCUGGGAUUAUUACAACUCUUAACGCUCGUACAUCUGUCCUUGCAUCUGCUAACCCGGUUGAUUCGAAAUAUAAUCCAAAGCUUUCUAUAGUCAAAAAUAUUGAUUUGCCACCAACUUUAAUGUCUAGAUUUGAUCUGAUUUAUUUAGUAUUGGAUAAAGUAGAUUGGAGUGCAGAUAGAAAAUUAGCAAGACAUUUAGUUGCUUUGUACAGAGAUGAUAAUUCUUAUGUUUCCAGAAGAGAUAUUUUGCCUAUCAAGACUUUAACAAAAUAUAUUAAAUACGCUCGCAAAAAUUAUCACCCGUUUAUUGGAGAUGAUCAAUCAGCCAGCGCUUUGAUCAAUGCUUAUGUAGAUUUGCGUAAAGUCGGAAUUGACCCUCGUUCUUCUGAAAACAUCAUUACUGCAACGACUAGGCAGCUGGAAUCAAUGAUUAGACUGUCAGAAGCCCAUGCACGCAUGAG